UGCCCGUGCAAACAAGUGCUGUUUUGAUGAUCACAACAUUCCAAACAUUUCGCUGCUGCAAGCUCACUUGCAAACUUAUCGCAAUUGGCAGUAAAUUGACAAAAAGAUGAGCGCAGCGGGAGCAACUAGUUCAAAACGAGAGGCGGAAAACCCUCUGCCCAUUGCCCUGCUGCCAGUUUGUGUGCGCCUAGAGCUUUGUGAGCAUCUGGAUGCAUUAGACGUGUGGAAACAGCUGGCGACAUUCGUCAAACUAUAUCCUCAAGAUGUGAACUACAUACAAAAACAGCUACAACGAGGACAGUCACCCGCCAACGAAUUCCUCAACAUCUGGGGUGGACAAUACAAUCAAAACAUGCACAGUCUGUUUGCGCUCUUCCACAAUAAUAAACUGCGCAGUGCGAUGUUGAUCAUUAAAGACUAUGUAGACGUGAAGCUACACAAGUAUAUUGCGAAGACUGUGGAUCGGGUGCCGAAUACUCAAGAGGUGCCUAAUACACGCUCCAAUAACAAUGCCAGCGAAUCAGGAGCAAUCGAUGCUCCUCAUAAUCGGAACAACAAUUUAGAAUCUUCAGAUGAUAUUCGCGUGAGUAGCGUGCAACGUGCCGCUGAGUCGCUGCUGCAAAUUGACUACGCAGAAUUGGUGGCAGCAACGGACAACUGGAAUCCAGAGAAUAAGCUGGGCAACGGUGGAUUCGGUGAAGUCUACAAGGGCGAAAUAAUGAACUCCUUCAUGGCCAUUAAAGUGAUGAAUUACGUGCACAAGCACAGCAACAAAACAAAAGUCCAUCUGCAGCAGAGCUACAAUGAGCUAAAGUACCUGAAUACUCUGCGACACGACAACAUUCUGGCCAUCUACGCUUAUAGCAUCAAUGGCGAGAAACCCUGUUUGGUGUAUGAACUGAUGGCGGGCGGUUCCCUGGACUCCAGACUAAGAGCGCAGCACACAAAGCCUCGUCGAGCGCCGCUGACGUGGCAACAGCGUUUGUUAAUUGCUCUCGGCACAGCCAAGGGAAUCUACUUUCUGCACAAGGCACGCGUAAUUCCUUUGAUACAUGGCGACAUUAAGCCCGCCAACAUACUACUGGAUGACAAGGAGAAGCCCAAGAUCGGUGACUUUGGCUUGGCACGUGAAGGUCCCAAGUUCAUCAACGAUGUGACCAAAGUGAACAAAGUGUUUGGCACUCGCAUCUAUUUGCCACCAGAGUUUCUGAGUUCCAAGGAACUCAGCACCGGCGUCGACAUUUAUAGUUUUGGCGUUGUGCUGUUGGAAAUGUUCACAGGUCGCCUGAUGGCCGAGUGCACACAUCAAGCGGAUCAGCAACUGUUGCUGAAAUCGAUUAAGAAAACCUGUCAUCCAUCAGAGAAUCCAACUCGCAGCGAUAUAUUUGACAAGAAUCUGGUGACGCCGAUGGGCGAGGAACUGGAUAAAUGUCUGUGUGCCAUCGAUUUUGGGCUUAAGUGCACUGCUUUCAAUGUGCAGCAGCGACCUUCAAUGGCUGAAGUUGUCACGCACUUUAAAGCAUUCGAUUGA